AUGGCGAAAGUAUUGUUCUUGGGCCCUGUGGGAACAUAUUCACAUCAAGCAGCACUCCAACAAUUUCCAAACGAGGAGCUAAUACCGGUGACAUCUAUCCCUGCAUGUUUCGAAAAGCUCAUUUCAGACAUAGAUAUGGACUACGGGGUAGUUCCUCUCGAAAACUCCACCAACGGUCAAGUUGUUUUCACGUACGAUCUUUUCAGAGAUUUUAUGCAAGCAGAUUUAAGUCCAAGUGUUGAGGUUGUUGGUGAACAAUACGUCGACAUUGCCCAUUGCUUGAUUUCACCAGUACCGCUCUCAGAAGAACAAUUAAGAAAGGUUGAUGUUAUAUAUUCACAUCCACAAGUUUGGGGCCAAGUAAAAGACUAUCUCAGUGAUCUUGAAACAAAAUACGGUAAGACCGCCAAGAUCGACUGCAGUUCGACUGCGGGGGCUGUGGAAAGAUGCAUAGCUGAAUAUGCCACUGAUAGAAAAAUAACUCUAGCAAUUGGAAGCCGUGCGAGUGCAUCACUAAAUAAAGCUACGAUUGUGGAAGGCGGUAUCAAUGAUGUCAAUGGAAAUACGACAAGGUUCUUGAUCUUGAAAAGGCGUGACGAAUCUAGCGAAAUUGGCAGCCAAGCUCUCCCACCUAAAGGCGAUGAAAUGAAAGUAAACUUUGUCACCUUCGUGAUAAAUCAAGAUGAUCCAGGUUCCUUAAUAGAUGUAUUAAAUGUCUUGAGGGAGUAUAAGUUGAAUAUGUGCUCAAUCAGUUCGAGACCAUUCCAUAAUCAAGUGCAAUCAGAAAGAAAAUGGCAAUAUUGCUUCUUUAUUGAGUUUUAUGGCAAUUACGGUACUGAUUACGAACUUCUGGCGAAAAGGUUUGACGAAAACUGCGCAAAAUGGAUUCACUGGGGUAAAUUCUACCGAAACGCACUGUAUUACCAAAUCCCAUGA